AUGAGCUGCUGUGGCUGUUCAGGAGGCUGUGGCUCCAGCUGCUGCAAGCCUGUGUGCUGCUGCAAGCCUGUAUGCUGCUGUGUGCCAGCCUGUUCCUGCUCUAGCUGCAAGGGAGGCUGUGGCUCCUGUGGUGGCUGCAAGGGAGGCUGUGGCUCCUGUGGAGGCUGCAAGGGUGGUUGUAGUUCCUGUGGGGGCUGUGGCUCCUGUGGGGGUUGCAAGGGAAGCUGUGGCUCCUGUGGAGGCUGCAAGGGAGGCUGUGGCUCCUGUGGAGGCUGCAAGGGAGGCUGUAGUUCCUGUGGGGGCUGUGGUUCCUGUGGUGGGUGCAAGGGAAGCUGUGGCUCCUGUGGAGGCUGCAAGGGAGGCUGUAGUUCCUGUGGGGGCUGUGGUUCUUGUGGGGGCUGCAAGGGAGGGUGUAGCUCCUGUGGAGGCUGUGGCUCCUGUGGGGGUUGCAAGGGAGGCUGUGGCUCCUGUGGGGGCUGCAAGGGAGGCUGUAGUUCCUGUGGGGGCUGUGGUUCCUGUGGUGGGUGCAAGGGAAGCUGUGGCUCCUGUGGAGGCUGCAAGGGUGGUUGUAGUUCCUGUGGGGGCUGUGGUUCUUGUGGGGGCUGCAAGGGAGGCUGUAGUUCCUGUGGGGGCUGUGGUUCCUGUGGGGGCUGCAAGGGAGGCUGUAGUUCCUGUGGAGGCUGUGGCUCCUGUGGAGGCUGCAAGGGAGGUUGUAGUUCCUGUGGAGGCUGUGGCUCCUGUGGGGGCUGCAAGGGAGGCUGUGGCUCCUGUGGAGGCUGUGGCUCCUGUGGAGGCUGUGGCUCCUGUGGUUGCUGCCAGUCCAGCUGCUGCAAGCCCUGUUGUUGCCAAUCCAGCUGUUGCAAGCCCUGCUGCUGCCAAUCCAGCUGCUGCCAGUCCAGCUGCUGCAAGCCCUGCUGCUGCCAGUCCAGCUGCUGCAAGCCCUGCUGCUGCCAGUCCAGCUGCUGCAAGCCCUGCUGCUGCCAGUCCAGCUGCUGUGCUCCUGUGUGCUGCCAGUGUAAGAUCUGA